UCGCCCACCGUGAUUAGAUCUAUCAGGAGCAGCGUGCGCAGCCACGCAGCAAUGGGAGCUCAUUUGUUUGCAUAGCAGGUGCGCCAUGAGACGCCGCGGGGUCACUGCCCUGGGCUUGGCCAACGGCAAGCGAAGUGGAGUGCCAGUCACGGCUGUCAUGGUCACACUUGCCUCCCUUGCAAGCCUCGGCCUCAACGGCACCCGCAGCUUUAGCGCCUUCGGACGAAAGAGGCCUCAUAUCAAAGCAGAGGCAGCUGGGGCCAAGCGCUCGCUAAGCGCAAUCAGGGACAGGCUUCGCAAGGAGGACGGCACGUCCUUUGUUGACACACACUGCCACCUGGACCUGGUGCUGCCGCGCCUCUCCGAGCAGAGCCAUAAGGAUGCCGCCAAAGCAGUGGCAAAAGGGGAGGAACCCUUGCCGCGGUUACGAGCUGACUUCUUGGAGUGGCGCGAGACGCUGCAAGGCUCUGAGCGUGAUCUUGAGGGCUGUGUCAAUAUCGGAUGUAGUGCGAGAGGGAUUGACGCCGCAGUGGAGUUCUUGAAGCAUGACAAUGUCUACGGGGCGUUUGGCAUACAUCCAUUGAACGCACAUGAAUGGAAUAGCGAAAUGGAAGACAAGAUUGUGAAACUAAUGUCGCGGGACAAAGUCGUCGCUUGGGGCGAGUGUGGCCUGGAUUAUUACGACAAGAAGACACGUGCACAAAAACAAGAGCAGCACACGCGGGAGCUGCAGCGAAAGGUAUUUGUUCGCCAGAUUGACUUAGCCGUGUCCUUGGGCAAGCCACUGGUUGUGCACACGCGCUGUGCAGAAGAGGACACCUUGGAACUGCUGGAGGCUCAUCUUCCCGAGUCCCACCCGGUGCACGUGCACUGCUUCACCAGCUCCCAGAAGUUGGCGAGCGCCCUGCUGGAAGGGUUUUCGGGCCUGCGCCUGGGCUUCACGGGCGUGGUGACCUUCAAGAACGCCCAGGAGACAACUUCUAGCGCCCCGCCCAGAAUGGCCACAGCUAGUUGAGGGCCUCUUCGCGAUGGCUGUGCAAGAGGUCGUGAAAAGCACACCUUUGCAGCGCAUUCUGCUGGAAACGGAUUCCCCGUACAUGGCACCAGAGCCUUUUCGAGGCAGAAUCGCUCACCCUGGCCAUGUCUCGUAUGUGGCGGAUGCUGUCGCGUGCCUGAAAGGAAUAACACGGGAAGAAGUUCUUGCACAGUGCCGGCAGAAUACCAGGAGCACCUACGGCAUCUAGCGACGAACGUGCCAGGC